ACGUCACUUCCAUAACAGAGCUGUGCAGCGUCUAUAGUCUCCCUCCUGAAAUUCAGGGAUUUCAACUCCGCUGCAUCCUUCAAACGUUGUCCCGCAAAGAAGUGCGUAGUUUUACCAAGUGAGAAGCACGGCCGUGUGAAUGUUGUGCACACUUUGGAGAGCUCAGUGAAUUAUUGUGAAGCACUUCAGUGUUCAGAAGCAUUUGGUGCAGUCAAAAUAAUCGCCAUCUGCUGGUCAAAAUGCUUUGUUUGGAAAGGACUGUCCAAAAGGUUUCACUUUUAUUCGGGCUACAGUGUAUCCACACGGUCUCUUUGCUACUUGGAUGACAGCAAAGGGACCAGAGCAGGGACCAGACGUGCUGGAUAUGCUGAUGUUGGGCAGAGAAUAGGGGACGCAAAGAUACGAAAAUGGAACUGAAGAUGGAGGACACCAACCCAAAUAGACUGAAGGACAGCAAAAGGAUGGAUGCCAACACUGUCUGGCAAUGGCGGAUUAUGCACGUAAAAAAAUACUCAAGAAGCCCCGAACCAUUCCAUUACAGCAAUAAAAUUGGAUUAGAUUUUAAUGUUGGAUCCACGGCACAGAAACUGGAUUUACAAUUACUGACAAACGGGGUCAUGCUUGAAAUCUGUGACUUUGCUAAAAUGGUUACAAAGGGUAAAAGCCACUUUAUCAUGAACAUUCUGGAGAACAAUUUUGAUCUUGGUUUGGAAAAUGAGCAACAACGGAUUCAUUUUAGAGCUCAGAUUUCACACAAGCUCAAGGACCUGAUGAGGAGGCCUCCUAAAGAAAAACUUGACAUUGCUGCUCUUUUUGGUUCUUCUUUUGUACCAGUGUGGGCCAGAAGCAUCAAAAAAGAACCAAAUGCAGGAGCAGAUUGUCAGUAUUUCAGUUUCCAGGUGAAGAAAGAAGAUAAUGGUACACAUACAAGCAAAAUUCCUUGUUCACAAACAUCUGAAAAAAAGAUUGACCGACUACAUGCUGAUGUCAGCGAUGAUGAAGAGGAAAUUGAGUGCUUAGGGGCGCAGUUAAAAGAAGAAAUCAGAGGAGAUGUUCUCCCCUUUUCAUACCCUUACUGUGAAGAAAUUGGUUUGCGCUUUGAAAGUGGUGCAAAACAAAGCCUUGAUCCAGGUUUAUUGACAAAUGGUAUGAUGGUAGAACUGGUAGACUUUACUAGAGUACUGAUUGCAUCCUACAGCUCUAUUAUUCUCAGUGUCCUGAAGCAUAAUUUUGAACUUGACCUUCAAAAUCAACAGGACAAAAAGCAAGUUUUGUUCAGCGUGUCCCAACUGUUGAAAAGGAGAAAAAAACUUAAGACCACUGGUACUAAAAUAAGUCCACAUUUUAAGAAUGAGCUGUUUUCCUUUGAGACAAAUCCCUUUAAAAGAGCUCCAGCACAGCUGACUAUGGAAGAACUUUUAUACGAGAGCUUGAAGAAAAGAAGAAAGUAUAAUUCAAAAGCAAAUAUGCAAAAUGAAUGUGACAUGGAAGAAGAGACAAUGGAAACAGAAAGUAACAUGUGGAAGCUGCGUGCUAACCGUGUGAAACAAAUCCUGUUGGUACUAGACAAAGAGUACUGUACAUUCUUCAGGCCCAAUAAAGCAAAUUUGGAAUUCAAUAUUGGGUUUGGGCCCAAGAAAAACUUGAGUGGUGACUAUCUGACCAAUUCUGUUCUGUAUAAAGUUGCUCGAUUUGCCUUGGCAGUGAAUUCAUCCCAGCAGGAAUUCAUCAUGGAGAUUCUUGAGAAGAACUUUGACUUAGGCCUGAAGAACAAAUCUUAUAAACCUGCCUUUGCAUGUGAACUCAUGAGUAGAAUAAGACAGCUUCAGAAAUGCGAGGAUCCGGUCAAAUUCUCUAAAGAAGUUUUUGAACUUCCUCGUCCUGUUCCGUCAUUCAGAAUGACAUCUCAGAGAAUGGACAUUGUUGGCCCAGACCUCAGCAGCAGAUCGAAUGUGAAGGAAUCUGAUAUUGCUCCUUCAAAUUCUCCUGACUCACAAGCUGAAACUAAACUAAGUCCAAAUGUUGUAACUACAACUGAGUUACCAGUCCAUCUACAUGAAACUGAACCCAAGCCACAUACUGAAACCAAACCUGAAAUAAAGUCAGAGAAAAAUGUCCAUCCUUAUCACUUCUGCAAGGAGAUUGGUCUGAAACUUCAUGUCAGCUGCAGUCAACAAAAACACAAACUUGACAUCAGCAAACUGACCAAAGGAGCAAUGAUGGAAGUAACAAACUUUGCCGAAAAGUUGUGUGGAACAUUUGAGCAGAUUUGCCUGGACGUUCUCAGACACAACUUUGAGCUUGAUUUGCAAAGUGUCGAUUCUGAACUUGCAAGAAAUAUCCUUGGACACAUUCCGGCUGCAAAUGAGGAAAGAAAUCUUGUGACCCGUGUAACCCAUGGGAAAUCGAAGCACCCAAAAAGAGAUUACCCAAUUCUCCCGACACUGAAUUGCCAGAAUAACCCAAAUACAGAAGCAUGUAGAGCUGAUUCUACUGAGGAAAAUAUACACAAAGAUGUAAGCAGUACCACUGACCCUGAACAACAAGAUGACCUCAACUCAGCGCUGUGGAAAUUGAGGCGUAUUCAAAUUCAGCACAUCCUCUCAGUACCUCAUGGAGAACACUGCCCACUUUAUUCUUACUCUAGAUGUAAGAAAUUGGGCAUCGACUUUAAUGUAGGAUCUGGAGUAAAACUAAAUCUUGACCCAAAGUUACUUACCAAUGGCAUCAUGGUUGAAGUUAACACGUUUGCCGAAGCAAUGUUGUCAUCUACAAAAGAUUUCAUCACAGCGAUCCUGGAGUACAACUUUGAUCUAAAUUUGAACAGCGAGGCAAGUCGCAAUGCCUUUGGAAAGAAGCUUAUGCGAAACUCUGGAGCAAUGAAGACAAAGAAACUAGCUGCAUCUCAGAAGAAAAUACUUUUUCAACUGCCUGACUCAAAAUCUGUAGAUGAAUAUACUCCAUAUUGCCCCAAAUGUUAUCAAGAUAGAAUUAAGCGUCGUCAAGAUAAAUCGCAGUCCGGUCGCGUCCCUGAGCAGCCCCAAACUGGGUCAGAUGUUUGUGCUGAUGCAAAGGCAGAAAGUACUCAAAAUGAUCGAACCUCUAUUUCUGCAGCAACAAGAAAGACUAUAAUGAGCUGUUACCCCUCAUGCAGGAAAAUGGGUUUAAGACUGCGCGUGAGUAAAGCACACCGUAAACGUAAACUCGAAACACGUGCUUUGACCUGGGGUGUUAUGUGUGAGGUUUAUUCUUUUGCCAGGAAACUGAGUGGAACAAAGCAUAAACUUGUCAAUGAUAUUCUUGAGCACAACUUCAACUUGGACAAACAGACUCUAGACCUCAAUCCUUCAAUGUUGUUCUGUAGAGUACAGCCACGAGAAGGAGAGCAUGCCUGGUUCAAUGAUGUUUUUGUUAUUCAGGCACCUCGCAAAUGUCCUGUUAUUGGGGUUAAAAGGGAAGGACAAUCCAGCACGCAGACAAAUGAAUGGAAGGAAACGAUCAGAAAAAGACAGCUGGACAUGCAGGCAAAGAAGAAAAGGGCCAUGGUGGCAAGUGAUUAUGCCAUGGAUAAUGUAGGAAAGAUUGGAUUUGAUGAAAUGGGUUUGAGUCUAGACGAAACAGUAGGAGGGGACUAUUGCUACAUGUGUCCUAUAGAAGCAGACACACUCACAGAUUCAGAAAACAGCGGGAAUGAGGAUGACAUAGAAAACCCAAAAUCAUCUCGCCUCUCUGCUCCUUUCCAUACCACCACCGAUAGUUCCUUCAGUUCAGCAGUUGUAGACACAGAUAUGGACCCGCCAUCUCCAAGUCAGCCAGAUGAAAGUGGGCUGCUAGAAUAUGAAGAGGAGGAAGAGAUUCCAACGGAUGUGCCAAAUGAAUUUGACAUGAAAGAAGAGGAAAUGGAAAUGGAGAGUAACAUGUGGAAGCUGCGUACUCACCGUGUGAAACAAAUCCUCCUAGUCCUAGACAAAGAGUACUGUCCAUUCUUCAGGCCCAAGAAAGUUAACCUAGAAUUCAAUAUUGGGUUUAGGCCCAAGAAAAAUUUGAGUGCUGACUGUCUGACCAAUUCUGUUCUGUAUAAAGUUGCUCGGUUUGCCUUGGCAAUGAGUUCAUCCCAGCAGGAAUUCAUCAUGGAGAUUCUUGAGAAGAACUUUGCGUUAGACCUAGAGAGCAAAAGCCACAGAUACACCAUUGCAUGUGAACUGAUGAAUAAAAUAAGGCAGCUUCAGGAAUGUGAAGAUCCAGUCAAAUUCUCAAAAGAGGUAUUUAAACUCCCUGAUUCCUGCAUGAACAGCAGCAUAUCAAGAUUGGAUGAGUCUGAUGUUGAACCCUCACACCCCCCUGAUUCAGAUGGUGAAACUAAACCAGAUCCACAUGUGUCAACUAUACCAGGUUUACCAGCUGGUCCACCUAAAACAGUAUCCGAGGAAAGUGUGAACCUGUAUCCCUUCUCCAAGGAGAUUGGUCUGAAGUUGCAUGUAAGCUGCAGUCAACAGAAAAACAAACUUGAUGUCAACAAACUGACCAAAGGAGCAAUGAUGGAAGUGACAAACUUUGCUAAAAAGUUGUGUGGGACAUUUGAGCAGAUUUGUCUGGACGUUCUCAGACACAACUUUGAGCUUGAUUUGCAAAACGUCAAUUCUGAACUUGCUAGACAUGUUCUUGCACAAAUUCCUGUUGCAAAUGAUCAUAGAAAUGUGGCAACCUGGGUAGCCCAAGCAAAGCAAAAGAACACACGAAGAGAUUAUCCAAUAGUCAUGAAACUGAAUUGCCAAUACAAGCCAGAUGCAGAAAUAUGUAAUGCUGCAUCUACUCGAGCAGUCAAGCACCAAAAUGUAAGCAAUUCCACUGACAAGCAACAAAAUGACCUAAAUUCAGUUCUAUGGAGAUUGCGGAUCAAUCAGAUUCAACGCAUCUUCUCAGUGCCUCAUGGAGAACAUUGCCCACUGUAUUCUUACUCCAGGUGUAAGAAAUUGGACAUGGAUUUUAAUGUCGGAUUUGGAGUAAAGCAAAAUCUGGACCCAAAGUUACUGACCAACGGCGUCAUGGUAGAAGUUAACACAUUUGCCGAAGCAAUGCUGUCAUCCACAAAAGAUUUCAUCAUGGAGAUCCUGGAGUAUAACUUUGAUCUAAAUUUGAACAGUGAGCUAUUUCACAUUGCCUUCGCAGAGCAGCUCAUGCAAACCAUUACAACACUGAAGUCAAAAAAAUUCAGCCUGCCUCAAAAGAAAAAGCUUUUUAAACUCCCUCAGUCAGUUUUCAUAGAGGAAUAUACUCCAGAUUGCCCCAAAUGUCAUCAAGAUAAAAAUGGCAAGCUUGUCCAGGAUGAAUCUUACUCUGGUAAUGUGCUUCACCAGCCUCUUGCCGUGACCAGUGUCAUCUCUACUAAUGCAAGCAGCACGGUAAAAAAGCCUCCAGAUGAUCAAACCUCUUCUUCUUCUGCAUCAGUAGAAACAAUAUUGAACACUUACCCUCUCUGCAAGAAAAUAGGUUUAAGCCUAUGUGUGGACAAAGCUCACCCAAAACUUAAACUCGACACAUGUGUUUUGACAUGGGAGGUCAUGUGCGAGGUGUAUUCUUUUGCCAGGAAACUGUGUGGGACAAAGCACAAGCUUGUCAAUGAUGUUCUUGAGCACAACUUCAGCUUGGACAAGCAGAGUCUAGACAUGAAUCCUUCAGUGCAGUUCUACAGAGUGAAUCCACAUGAUGGAGAGCCCGCCUGGUUCAGCGAAGUUUUUAUUAUUCAGCCACCUCGCACAUUUCAAGUCAUUGAGAGUACAGAGGAAGAGCUACCCACUGUGCAGAGAAAUGAAUGGAAGGAAACGGUUCGAAAAAGACAACUGGAAAUGCAAGCAAAGAAGGAAAGAGCCAUGCUGUUACGUAAUACUCUGAGUGCUGUGACAUUAACAAAGAAUAAGCAGAAAAAUCUCUAUCCUAUUUGCAAGAAAAUAGGUCUGGACCUUGAUGUUUCAUCAAAAUCAGCGGACAAAAAAAAGCUGAACUUGAAGUUACUGACAUCAUCAGUGCUGUUGGAAAUACAGAAAUUUGCAGCAACGAAAAGGAACCAGUAUUUCCCGGCUAUUUUGUUUGACAUCCUAGACUAUAACUUUGAGAUUAGCUCACAGCAUCACAAGCGCUGGGAAUUUUCAAUCGCUGCUGCAACCAAAUUCCAUUCGAUGAUCAGACAGUAUCGAAAUACUGGAAUAGAAAAGAUCUUCAAGUUACCAUUUCUGUCUGGACCCAAAUUCCCACAGAGCUCAACACAAAAUCUGCAAAAUGAUAAAAGUGCUCAUAGAGUGGAUGGAAACCAAUGUGUGCAGCCAGCAACAUACCAUGCAAUCCAAAUGCAGCCAGUGACAAUAAUGCAGAUGAAUGUUAACCCUAUGAACAUCCCUACGAUUACCUCAAUUUUUACACCUAUGAUUACCUCUGUAAUCAACCCUAUGGUUACCCCUGUGAUUAACCCAACAAUUACCCCAAUUUUUACACCUGCAGUUACCACCAUUAAUACCCCUAUGAUUGCCCCCAUGAGCACCUCUACACUUACCCCCAUGAAUACCCCUACGAUUACCUCCAUCAGUACCACCACAACUGUAGGUUGUGACGGUUUUCUUCCAGGAAACCUCCAAAUUAAAGAGGAGGAAGAUGAUCCACGUUAUGGCAAUAUGCCAUCACUGGAUGUUGAAACAAACUAUCACCAAGGUAAUGAUGAUGUCAGAACUGACUCAAACACUGAGGCUGCCAAGAAUUUAGUCCCAGGUCAUCCUGCAGGAUCCCUUGGGCAUACCGCAUGUCCAACCUCUGAAAGCAAUAAUGGAAGCAAGUCAUCACAGCCCUCUGAUGGAUGUGUGCAAACUGCAUCUUUAAGUAGUGAGACUGUCAUAAAAACAGAGUCGGACACUGAGGGAUACAUGGAUUACUACAUGGUAACUGUAGGUCAGGACACUGAGAUAAAAGAGGAGCAGGAACAUGUGCCAGCUGGAAGUGCAGAAAGUGAAGUGGAUAUUAAACAGGAAUGUGAGUGUUAAUGGAAAAAAAUGUCUUUUGUAUAGACCACUAAGUUUGAAUAAUGUUGCCUUAAUUUCUGUGAAAAGCUUUCUGUUGUUGAUGGAGAAGGAGAGUUGAAUCUUUUUUUUUUUUUUAAGUGGUCUCAAUCUAUACAAAUAUAAUAGAGCUAUGGGUUAAAAGCCUGAAAAGAUGGCUCAUAUUGACCAAAAGGUUUCAGGGCAAAUGUCUGCAGCAUGCAGUUCUCAUGGAACCACAUGUGUUAUUUCCCUUCUGUAGCAACCUUUUAGUACUCUAAUUUAUAACAAAGAAUUUGGAUGUUGAACUUCAUAGAUGUUUACUUUUUUUCCCUUUUCUUUUUAUCCAUUGAGGUAUCCUGGACUGUUUGUAAAAUGUUUAUCAUUCUAUGUUGUUCUCAUUUUCUUGCUUUUUGUUUUAUAUAUUUUACUCUUUUUUUACAUAUGUAUGUAUUUCACUUUAUAAAUGAGCAAAAAUAGGAAUACGUCAUUAAUGUGUAAAUAUGUUUAUACAUAAAUUUUUCAGAUAAUUUUCCAGAAUGGCAACAAUAAUGUAAAUUACUAAAACUGAAGCUGCAACACAAAUAGAUGUAUGUAUUCAUAUUUGAGGUAAUAUACACAUUGAUAGCUCACUGUAUGUACAUUUUGUAUAAAGUUUUGAAAGCUCGAACCUA